UUUUCUACAACCACCACCACAAAUGGCGCAACGGAGGAUAGUGGCAGCACUGGACAUUGGCUCAGGCCGAACAAAGAUGGAUGUGGUCGUGCUCAAGGGCGGAGCCGUCGUGGAGACGUUGUUCUCCGAGCACCGAGAAGUGUUCUUUGCACAUGACUAUGCCAUGAACGGGCAUAAGAACCUGAGCGACAAGAUUACCACACACGGCAUGACGGUCCUCAAAGACUUCAAGAAAACCGCGACGGAGCUCGGGGCUCAGCGCAUCAGCGGGGCCGCAACACAGGUGUUUCGCAAGGCUGAGAAUGGCCCCGCGUUUUUGGACCGGGUGAAACGAGAACUGGGAAUGGAUGUGCGCGUCAUAUCGCAAGCAGUCGAAGGCAAGGUCGGCUUCCUCUCCGCUAAGUCCGCCAUGCCAGCAUCCACACCGCUUGACCACGUGAUUGCGUAUGACAGCGGCGCUGCCAGUUUCCAGAUCACCGUUGCCAAGCCAGACGCAACCGGACCAAUCCCAAAUGUUGAAGUGUUUGAGGGCCAGUGGGGCACCAUCCCAGCGCUGGAGGCGCUCAUGUGCUCCGUCAGAGGACAAGAGCGGUUGACGGCAGACACAUCGGAUCCGCACCCCGUCACGCGCGAUGAGAUGACGCGCGUUGUCGAUCACAUAUCCGCGUCUCUCCCCCCGCCAUCGCCGCUCCUCGCAGGCCGAUUUGAUGCCGCACGCCAGCAGACGCCAGGCGCCACGAUCAUGUCGUUUGGAGAAGAGUCCAGCAUCUUUGCCAUUGCGGCAAAAACACUGGAACAAAACGCGUUUAGCCAGGCUGACAUGGACCGUGCACUGGAUCUGGUCGCCAAUCUCCCAACAUCAACCUUCCAAGAGCGCGGGUAUGCAGAGCCGCAGCUUGUCGUGCCGAAGUUGUGUCUUCUUCGUGCCGUCAUGAAGCACUUUGACAUGCCAAAGGUGGUGUACAGUUACAUCAACGGCAGCUGCCCCGGCAUCGCUGUCUUUGAUGACGCACAGGGCAGCAGUGAGGGCGACAGCUCAUGACAGAGGUGACAAUCCUGGUGGCGUGUGUGUGUGUGUGUGUGUGUGUGUUGAACUGGUCGUGUUGCUGGUGUACUUGCCGUGGUGGUGGCAAAUGGUAGGUGAGAGAGGGGAGGACCGUUCGUGACGACAGGCCAGCAUGAGAAAGCAUCGGAACAGAGAGGAGAGAGAGCAAAGAGCAGAGGCGUGGUGCAAUCACGACACUGCACAAUUGUUGUUACAUUCCGCGUUGUUGUUUCAAAUGUUCCCACGACGAAAAAGGGCUUCAUUGUAACCGGAGAGAACAUGCUGUAACACGGCAGUGGGCGAUGGCAAGUGUACACCG